AUGUUUCUCCAUCUCCUCCUCCCGCCCAGAGGAGCGUUGCUGCCAUCGUGGGCAACGGCCGUUUGUCGCCUGUGGUUAAACGGCCCGCCCGGCCGCUCCCGGCUCGCUGGCUCGCUCCUGGCUCAGCGCCUGCAGCUGCCUUGUAUCCGAGCGCGCUCCCAGCCCGGCUCAGCGGCUGCGGGACCCCCGUUUCCAAAGAGUGCCAUGCAGCCCCAGCUCGCCCUCCUCCUUUGGGGGCUCCUUUCCUGCUGGGCUGACUUUUCUCCUGCUACUGACCGGAGCCUGCAGCAGCUGCCCAAGGGAGCUGGUGAUGAUCUCUUUUCAGAGUUUGCAUCCCAUUCUGCUCCCGAUUUCUGCUGGCUCCCAAGUGCCCUUGGCCCUUGCCGUGACUCCAUCCUCCGCUUCUACUAUAGCCCUCACGUCGGGCGCUGUGAGAAGUUUGUUUAUGGAGGCUGUGAGGGCAACAGGAACAACUUUGAGAUGCAGCUGCAGUGUCUCCAGACCUGUGCAGAUCCUGGGAUCUGCCGGCUCCCAUCGGAUGCAGGAUUUGGUGACGCAUACCGAUUUCGCUACUUCUACGAUUCCACCUCCAGGACUUGUGACAAGUUCUUAUAUAAAGGGCACAGAGGCAACGGAAACAACUUUUUGGAGGAAGCUGAUUGCCUCCGGUUCUGUGCUGCACGUGGGGUACCUGGACAGUGAUCCCCAAGGCAGGAUGGGAAGCUCCUCCUGAUGCCCUCUGAAGUCCCCCCUGGAGCCUGGGAGUGAAGAAGAAGCCACCAACUCGAGGCUGUCUCCCUCUCCCUUUCUGCAUCUGGUGCAAAAGUUCUUCUCUCUUGCCCGUGCUUGCAUCCUAAGCUCCCAACCUUUGGUCCUCCUGCUGGAGCUGUCAGAAGGCUCCCUGCUCCCUCAGACCUGCUCUUUCCCCUUUGCUGUCCCUCCUGCCAGCAGAGGGUAGUGGUGAGAGUGUUGGACUAGGACCUGGGAGACCAGGGUUCAAAUCCCCACUCAGCCAUGAAGCUCACUAGGUGACCUUGGGCCUGUCAACCUACCCUACCUCACAGGGUUGUUGCGAGGAUAAAAUGGGGAGGGGGAACCAUGUAUAUCACCCUGGAGGAAGAGCAGGAUAGACAUUUAAUGCGGAAAUAAUAACAACUCCCUCCCAGAGAACAGCCCCGUGAUGCCACCUCUCUGUCUCUGCCUGUGCACACCAUACACUUAAAGCACAUCUGAUGCACAUUUAGAGCACAUGACUUCCCCCAAAGAAUCCUAGAAGCUGUGGUUUUCCCCUUGCAGAACUACAGAUUCCCAGCACUCUCAACAAACUGCAGUUCCCAGGAUUCUUUGGGGGGGGGAGUCAUGUGCUUUAAAUGUGCAUUGGAUGUGCUUUAAAUGUAUGGUGUGGACCUCUCCUCAAAACUCAGAUCCCUCAUCAAAAUUCUCCUUUUCUGGGAGCCUUUGGCACAAUGCAUUUUCUUGCACUCAUCUUUUGUUACCCUCCCCACUGUCACAUUGUAAGCUUCUUGUGGCAGAGACCUGGCUUUGCUUUUGUUACUCAUCACCAUAUGUAUUGAAUGUGUUAUAUUCAUUGCCACCAUUGUAAGGCUGCUUCAACUGCCUGUUCGUUUGGGGGG